UCUCUCGUCAUUAAACUGUUGGACAUGGCUUGAAAGUACAAACCAUUUCCAUAAGUAUAUUAUUGAGUACGCGGUUGUCAUAAUAAUGAAACAGCUAACGUGGUUAUGUGAAAGUUCAGAAUGUGUAUGAUGUAAGUAGGGGUUGAUUUUGUAUUAGGCUGUGUCUCAAGGACGUGGAAAGAGAAGGACAACCUCGAGUAUCGAGAAGGGGACUCGAUUAAUUGUUAGCUAACGUUACGGAUAGAUUAAAAUGGAUAUCAAGUAUAUAUUGACUACAAAAUACGUGUUAUCAACAUAUCCACUGCAGCACACGAUUUUCAGGCAAUGUCCAUAUAUGUUUUAGCUAGUUCCGUAAUCUAAACCCCAUCGGACAGCUACGGCAAAAGGGGGAUAUUUUCUCGAUUGAAGGGAUUAUAUGGGAUCGCAAGUUUCAUCAGUUGAAAUGAGUGUGCGCGCGGGGCAGGGUAGCGACGAGGUUCUGGUGUCCCAGGCGGUGUGGGACUACUUGGCUGCCGCCGGCCGGCCCUGGCUCAUAGACUUCCAGGACAAGCAGGGCCUCAGCGCAGGCAUUAUCCGCAGAGGGGAGCGAGGAGGCUGCUGCGCAGUGCGGCUACGCCCCGUAGAGGGCUCCCGUUCUGGGGGAGGACCAGGGAUGAUGGAGGGGGGAUACAUCUCCAAUGAGACGCGCAAGUCCUUCAUAGACUUAUGCCGCUGCGCCCGGAAAGAGAUGAGCAAACAGGAGGGGGGUCCUAAGUGGAAGAGGUCCGUGCUGCCCUGUGUUGGGGUGGGGGUCCUGGAGGGGGAUGGAGAGGGGAGCCUGCUAACACCUCAGCCUCCCCAGCCCAGACGCUCUCAGAGGCAGCAACAGAGGUGUAGGAAGCCUGCGGAGGAUGAGGCCUGUGUGGUCCUCUCCAACUCCAUGAACUGCAUGUCCCACGAUGCAUCAGGACAGAGGAAGCAGGACAACAUGGAAGUCAACUGCAGUAUGAUGGCAUCCUCUCAUAGCCGCUCCCAGAGUGAAGCAGACGACCACACCUCAUGUUCCAUCUGCAUGGGAGACAUGGUGGAGAGGACCACGCUGGAGAGGUGUGGCCACGCAUUCUGUCGGUCAUGUCUGGACCAGGCCUUCAAGGUGAAGAGAGCGUGUCCGGUGUGUCGUCUGGUGUACGGCCAGCUCAUAGGAAAUCAGCCGGCUUCCGGGACUAUGAUGGUGGAGAGGGACCCAGAUCUGGAGUUGCCGGGACAUGAGGGCCACGGGUGUAUCUGCAUCAUCUAUAGCUUCACACCUGGUCUACAGGCGCCGGAGCACCCUAACCCUGGUUUAAGCUACCCGGGUACGGACCGCAUGGCUUACCUCCCAGACAGCCCAGAGGGGAACCGGGUCCUGGGCCUGCUCCGCCGGGCCUUUGAGCAGCGCCUCAUCUUCACUAUAGGGACCUCCAUGACUACGGGAAUGCAUAACGUCAUUACCUGGAACGACAUCCACCACAAAACCUCCAUAUGGGGCGGACCACGCUGCUUUGGCUACCCAGACCCCACUUACCUGGUGCGAGUGACUGAGGAACUCCGAGAGAAAGGCAUCACUGCAGACUGACCGUCCAGAUUCCAGAAUGUUCCAUUCUAGGAAUUCUAGGAACCUCUAGCUGUCCUGCUGCUGGUGGUUGCUAGGCUGCAGGCUCCUGGACCUAGACCCAGCAGGGCUGCGGAUGAAUACGACAGUGGACAGGGCUUGGCUCCACAGCAGAAACAGGACUACAGCCCAGUGAAGACUCUCAUAUCACUCCAAUACCUCUUUUAUGUGGAAAAUCCUAACUUCCACUUAAAUUGAAUUUUCAUUUAAUCAUGCAUUGAUGUCAAUGGGAGACCAUUCGACUUAAGUGGAAGUGAAAAUUUGUCUAAAGUGGAAUUUAGGUUUCACCCUUGUGUUCCUAUGUUAGGUAUCUAUCUUCUGCUCAAUCCAGCAGCACUUUGUGUGGAAGAAAACAUAAAAGUGAGAGCAAUGUGAUUUUCUGUGUGACACAAUCCUCUACCUUUCACUUGUGUUGACAAUAGCAGGACAUUUGUUUUCUGAACUCAUCCGAGCAGUUAUAAUAUAGGGAUUUAAUAAGUUGGUAAGUAAUAAGUACUUAAAUAUUAUUUUGAAAUCUAAGUAAAAGAGAAGUCUAUUUUGCCUGAUAUGUUUAUUUCCAUGCUGGGGGACACGUUCUUUACUUACCAGUUGCAAGCGCACAUUAUUGGUGGUCUUUCCAGUACGUUCGUAGAAUAAUUCUCUUUUUCUGUCAUUAUUUUCCGUGAUAACCUGUUACUUACAGUUUGUAUAAAGACCAUAUCUGAGAUAGGUGGCGGGCAGAAUAGCACUGUCUGCUUCAAUAGAAAGCUUCAAACUAAAUAAUUUAAUUUCUCUAAAAGACGUUGCAAUCUAAAGCACUCACAGGCACUUUGUCAAAGGGAGUCAGUCAGUCGUUCAGUUCAGUGGAGGGCUGGUUGUUCUCUGCAUAUCAUUAGAUUGAUCAUGGUUCUCUGCUUCCUUUUCAGGGAAGACAAGUCUAUGGAAUAGUGCUCUGAGCAAAUCGGGUAGGUGUUAGUCAUUAACAGCCCUGAAGCUAAUAGCCUGGUAGCUAUAAGUUGAUGUCAAUUUGCUUCGAGCCCUUCAUUUCGCUUUUGAUCUUCCGCUCCUUUGAUUUCUUCUCGUUUUUACUUACAUAGGAAGAAUGUUUUCUAUUUGUGCUGGUCUAGGAUCGGUGUGGCCUUUUUAAAUCAUAAUGAAUAAAUGAGGGACCCUGAUCCUAGAUCAGCACUCGUACUCUGAGACUCUCUUUUUAUGAAUACGGAACCAGGUUUUGAACUGCUUCAGUUCAGUUCAGUUUGAUGUCCAGUCAGUCAUUGGUCCUCAUUUUCUAAUGACCAGAUUUACACGAUGAUGUCAAAUGAGAAGGGCAAGAUGUCGAACCACUUAAACCAAAUCAAAGACAGAAAAGGGCUCUGAAAUAAUUAACUAUGUGUCUGAAAUGGCACUCUAUUCCCUAUAUAGUGCACGAGUGCUGAUAGGGGCCCAUAGGGCUCUGGUCAAAAGU